AAAUGUUGUGGAGGCAAAGUUCUUUUAGGAGGAAGUGGCUAUUCUUGUUGUGGAAGUCGGUUGUACAAUUAUAGAACUCAUAAAUGUUGUGGGGCAGAGUUCUUUUAGGAGGAAGUGGCUAUUCUUGUUGUGGAAGUCAGUUGUACAAUUAUACAACUCACAAAUGCUGUAGCGGCAAAAUUCUUUUAGGAGGAAGAGGUUAUUCAUGUUGUAGAAGUCGGUUGUACAAUUAUAGAACUCAUAAAUGUUGUAGCGGCAGAAUUCUUUUAGGAGGAAGAGGUUAUUCAUGUUGUGGAAGUCGGUUGUACAAUUAUACAACUCACAAAUGCUGUAGUGGCAGAAUUCUUUUAGGAGGAAGUGGUUAUUCUUGUUGUGGAAGUCAGUUGUACAAUUAUACAACUCACAAAUGCUGUAGUGGCAGAAUUCUUUUAGGAGGAAGUGGUUAUUCUUGUUGUGGAUGGGGUAUUUCAGCACGAACAUACAAUUAUAGAACUCAUAAAUGUUGUGGAGGCAAAGUUCUAUUGGGAGGAAGUGGCUAUUCUUGUUGUGGAAGUCGGUUGUACAAUUAUAGAACUUAUAAAUGUUGUGGAGGAAGAGUUCUUUUAGGAGGAAGUGGUUAUUCUUGUUGUGGAAGACGAUUGUUCAAUUAUAGAACUCAUAAAUGUUGUGGAGGCAAAGUUCUUUCAGGAGGAAGUGGCUAUUCUUGUUGUGGAAGUCAGUUGUACAAAUAUAGAACUCAUAAAUGUUGUGGAGGCAAAGUUCUUUUAGGAGGAAGUGGCUAUUCUUGUUGUGGAAGUCAGUUGUACAAUUAUACUACUCACAAAUGCUGUAGCGGCAGAAUUCUUUUAGGAGGAAGAGGUUAUUCAUGUUGUGGAAGUCGGUUGUACAAUUAUAGAACUCAUAAAUGUUGUAGCGGCAGAAUUCUUUUAGGAGGAAGAGGUUAUUCAUGUUGUGGAAGUCGGUUGUACAAUUAUACAACUCACAAAUGCUGUAGUGGCAGAAUUCUUUUAGGAGGAAGUGGUUAUUCUUGUUGUGGAUGGGGUAUUUCAGCACGAACAUACAAUUAUAGAACUCAUAAAUGUUGUGGAGGCAAAGUUCUUUUAGGAGGAAGUGGUUAUUCUUGUUGUGGAAGUCGGUUGUACAAUUAUACAACUCACAAAUGCUGUAGUGGCAGAAUUCUUUUAGGAGGGAGUGGUUAUUCGUGUUGUGGAUGGGGUUUUUCACCACGAACAUACAACACCAGAACUCAGAAAUGUUGUAGCGGCAAAGUAUAUUCAGGUGGAAGUGGUUAUUCUUGUUGUGGAAGUCGUUUGUACAAUUAUACAACUCAUAAAUGUUGUGGAGGCAAAGUUCUUUUAGGAGGAAGUGGUUAUUCUUGUUGUGGAAGUCGGUUGUACAAUUAUAGAACUCAUAAAUGUUGUGGAGGCAAAGUUCUUUUAGGAGGAAGUGGUUAUUCUUGUUGUGGAAGUCGGUUGUACAAUUAUAGAACUCAUAAAUGUUGUGGAGGCAAAGUUCUUUUAGGAGGAAGUGGUUAUUCUUGUUGUGGAAGCCGGUUGUACAAUUAUAGAACUCAUAAAUGUUGUAGUGGAAGAAUUCUUUUAGGAGGAAGUGGUUAUUCUUGUUGUGGAAGUCGAUUGUUCAAUUAUAGAACUCACAAAUGUUGUGGAGGCAAAGUUCUUUUAGGAGGAAGUGGUCAUUCUUGUUGUGGAAGCCGGUUGUACAAUUAUAGAACUCAUAAAUGUUGUAGUGGCAGAAUUCUUUUAGGAGGAAGUGGAUAUUCUUGUUGUGGAAGUCGAUUGUUCAAUUAUAGAACUCACAAAUGUUGUGGAGGCAAAGUUCUUUUAGGAGGAAGUGGUUAUUCUUGUUGUGGAAGCCGGUUGUACAAUUAUACAACUCAUAAAUGUUGUAGCGGCAGAAUUCUUUUGGGAGGAAGAGGUUAUUCAUGUUGUGGAAGUCGGUUGUACAAUUAUACAACUCACAAAUGUUGUGGAGGCAAAGUUCUAUUAGGAGGAACUGGUUAUUCUUGUUGUGGAAGUCGAUUGUACAAUUAUAGAACUCAUAAAUGUUGUAGCGGCAGAAUUCUUUUAGGAGGAAGUGGUUAUUCUUGUUGUGGAUGGGGUAUUUCAGCAAGAACAUACAAUUAUAGAACUCAUAAAUGUUGUGGAGGCAAAGUUCUAUUAGGAGGAAGUGGUUAUUCUUGUUGUGGAAGUCGGUUGUACAAUUAUAGAACUCAUAAAUGUUGUAGCAGUAGAAUUCUUUUCGGAGAAAGUGGUUAUUCUUGUUGUGGACGGGGUAUUUCAGCACGAACGUACAACACCAGAACUCAGAAAUGUUGUAGCGGCAAAGUAUAUAGACGUGGAAGUGGUUAUUCUUGUUGUGGAAGUCGAUUGUACAAUUAUAGAACUCAUAAAUGUUGUGGAGGCAAAGUUCUUUUAGGAGGAAGUGGUUAUUCUUGUUGUGUCUGGGGUAUUUCAGCCCGAGCGUACAACACCAGAACUCAGAAAUGUUGUAGGGGCAAAGUAUAUUCAGGAGGAAGUGGUUAUUCUUGUUGUGGAAGUCGGUUGUACAAUUUUAGAACUCAUAAAUGUUGUAGUGGCAGAGUUCUUUUAGGAGGAAGUGGUUAUUCUUGUUGUGUAUGGGGUCUUUCAGCACGAACGUACAACACCAGAACUCAGAAAUGUUGUAGGGGCAAAGUAUAUUCAGGUGGAAGUGGUUAUUCUUGUUGUGGAAGUCGUUUGUACAAUUAUAGAACUCAUAAAUGUUGUGGGGGCAAAGUUCUUUUAGGAGGAAGUGGUUAUUCUUGUUGUGUCUGGGGUAUUUCAGCCCGAACGUACAACACCAGAACUCAGAAAUGUUGUAGGGGCAAAGUAUAUUCAGGAGGAAGUGGUUAUUCUUGUUGUGGAAGUCGUUUGUACAAAUAUAAAACUCAUAAAUGUUGUAGCGGCAAAGUUCGUUUAGGUGGAAGUGGUUAUUCUUGUUGUGGAAGUCGGUUGUACAAUUUUAGAACUCAUAAAUGUUGUAGUGGCAGAGUUCUUGCAGGAGGAAGUGGUUAUUCUUGUUGUGUAUGGGGUUUUUCAGCACGAACGUACAACACCAGAACUCAGAAAUGUUGUAGGGGCAAAGUAUAUUCAGGAGGAAGUGGUUAUUCUUGUUGUGGAAGUCGGUUGUACAAUUUUAGAACUCAUAAAUGUUGUAGUGGCAGAGUUCUUUUAGGAGGAAGUGGUUAUUCGUGUUGUGUAUGGGGUCUUUCAGCACGAACGUACAACACCAGAACUCAGAAAUGUUGUAGGGGCAAAGUAUAUUCAGGUGGAAGUGGUUAUUCUUGUUGUGGAAGUCGGUUGUACAAUUAUAGAACUCAUAAAUGUUGUGGAGGAAAAGUUCUUUUAGGAGGAAGUGGUUAUUCUUGUUGUGUCUGGGGUAUUUCAGCCCGAACGUACAACACCAGAACUCAGAAAUGUUGUAGGGGCAAAGUAUAUUCAGGAGGAAGUGGUUAUUCUUGUUGUGGAAGUCGAUUGUACAAUUAUAGAACUCAUAAAUGUUGUAGUGGCAGAGUUCUUUUAGGAGGAAGUGGUUAUUCUUGUUGUGUCUGGGGUAUUUCAGCACGAACGUACAACACCAGAACUCAGAAAUGUUGUAGGGGCAAAGUAUAUUCAGGUGGAAGUGGUUAUUCUUGUUGUGGAAGUCGUUUGUACAAUUAUAGAACUCAUAAAUGUUGUGGAGGCAAAGUUCUUUUAGGAGGAAGUGGUUAUUCUUGUUGUGUCUGGGGUAUUUCAGCACGAACGUACAACACCAGAACACAUAAAUGUUGUAGGGGCAAAGUAUAUUCAGGAGGAAGUGGUUAUUCUUGUUGUGGAAGUCGAUUGUACAAUUAUAGAACCUAUAAAUGUUGUAAUGGCAGAAUUCUUUUAGGAGGAAGUGGUUAUUCUUGUUGUGGAAGUCGGUUGUACAAUUAUAGAACUCAUAAAUGUUGUGGAGGCAAAGUUCUUUUAGGAGGAAGUGGUUAUUCUUGUUGUGGAAGUCGGUUGUACAAUUUUAGAACUCAUAAAUGUUGUAGUGGCAGAGUUCUUUUAGGAGGAAGUGGUUAUUCUUGUUGUGGAAGUCGGUUGUACAAUUAUAGAACUCAUAAAUGUUGUGGAGGCAAAGUUCUUUUAGGAGGAAGUGGUUAUUCUUGUUGUGUCUGGGGUAUUUCAGCCCGAACGUACAACACCAGAACUCAGAAAUGUUGUAGGGGCAAAGUAUAUUCAGGAGGAAGUGGUUAUUCUUGUUGUGGAAGUCGUUUGUACAAUUAUAGAACUCAUAAAUGUUGUAGUGGCAGAAUUCUUUUAGGAGGAAGUGGCUAUUCUUGUUGUGUCUGGGGUAUUUCAGCACGAACGUACAACACCAGAACUCAGAAAUGUUGUAGCGGCAAAGUAUAUUCAGGUGGAAGUGGUUAUUCUUGUUGUGGAAGUCGUUUGUACAAUUAUAGAACUCAUAAAUGUUGUGGAGGCAAAGUUCUUUUUGGAGGAAGUGGUUAUUCUUGUUGUGGAAGUCGGUUGUACAAUUAUAGAACUCAUAAAUGUUGUAGUGGCAAAGUUCUUUUAGGAGGAAGAGGUUAUUCUUGUUGUGUAUGGGGUAUUUCAGCACGAACAUACAACACCAGAACUCAGAAAUGUUGUAAGGGCAAAGUAUAUUCUGGAGGAAGUGGUUAUUCCUGUUGUGGAAGUCGUUUGUACAAUUAUAGAACUCAUAAAUGUUGUAGUGGCAGAAUUCUUUUAGGAGGAAGUGGUUAUUCUUGUUGUGUAUGGGGUAUUUCAGCACGAACAUACAACACCAGAACUCAGAAAUGUUGUAAGGGCAAAGUAUAUUCAGGAGGAAGUGGUUAUUCCUGUUGUGGAAGUCGUUUGUACAAUUAUAGAACUCAUAAAUGUUGUAGUGGCAAAAUUCUUUCAGGAGGAAGUGGUUAUUCUUGUUGUGGUUGGGGAAUUUCAGCACGAACGUACAACACGAGAACUCAUAAAUGUUGUAGCGGGAAAGUUCGUUUAGGUGGAAGGGGUUAUUCUUGUUGUGGAAGUCGUUUGUACAAUUAUAGAACUCAGAAAUGUUGUAGUGGCAGAAUUCUUUUAGGAGGAAGUGGUUAUUCUUGUUGUGUCUGGGGACUUUCAGCCCGAACGUACAACACCAGAACUCAGAAAUGUUGUAGGGGCAAAGUAUAUUCAGGAGGAAGUGGUUAUUCUUGUUGUGGAAGUCGUUUGUACAAUUUUAGAACUCAUAAAUGUUGUAGUGGCAGAAUUCUUUUAGGAGGAAGUGGUUAUUCUUGUUGUGGAAGUCGGUUGUACAAUUAUAGAACUCAUAAAUGUUGUAGUGGCAGAGUUCUUUUAGGAGGAAGUGGUUAUUCUUGUUGUGGAAGUCGUUUGUACAAUUUUAGAACUCAUAAAUGUUGUAGUGGCAAAGUUCUUUUAGGAGGAAGUGGUUUCUCUUGUUGUGGAAGUCGGUUGUACAAGUAUAGAACUCAUAAAUGUUGUAGCGGCAAAGUUCUUUUAGGAGGAAGUGGUUAUUCUUGUUGUGGAAGUCGAUUGUACAAUUAUAGAACUCAUAAAUGUUGUAGUGGCAAAGUUCUUUUAGGUGGAAGUGGUUAUUCUUGUUGUGGAAGUCGUUUGUACAAUUAUAGAACUCAUAAAUGUUGUAGUGGCAGAAUUCUUUUAGGAGGAAGUGGUUAUUCUUGUUGUGGAAGUCGGUUGUACAAUUAUAGAACUCAUAAAUGCUGUAGCGGCAGAAUUCUUUUAGGAGGAAGUGGUUAUUCUUGUUGUGGAAGUCGGUUGUACAAUUAUAGAACUCAUAAAUGUUGUAGUGGCAGAAUUCUUUUGGGAGGAAGUGGUUAUUCUUGUUGUGGAAGUCGGUUGUACAAUUAUAGAACUCAUAAAUGUUGUAGUGGCAGAAUUCUUUUGGGUGGAAGUGGUUAUUUGUGUUGUGGGCGUCGCUUGUACAAUUACAAAACGAAAACAUGUUGUUACAACAAAAUUUACUAUGGUGGAAGUGGUUAUUCGUGUUGUAGAAGUGGCUCCAAAGUGCGUGUUUAUAAAUAUAAAACUCACGUAUGUUGUGGUGGAAAACUUUCUUUACGAAAAAAAGGUUAUUCUUGCUGUGGAAGUCGUUUGUACAAUUAUAGAACUCAUAAAUGUUGUAGUGGCAGAAUUCUUUUAGGAGGAAGUGGUUAUUCUUGUUGUGUCUGGGGUAUUUCAGCACGAACGUACAACACCAGAACUCAGAAAUGUUGUAGGGGCAAAGUAUAUUCAGGAGGAAGUGGUUAUUCUUGUUGUGGAAGUCGAUUGUACAAUUAUAGAACUCAUAAAUGUUGUAGUGGCAGAAUUCUUUUAGGAGGAAGUGGUUAUUCUUGUUGUGGAAGUCGUUUGUACAAUUAUAGAACCUAUAAAUGUUGUAGUGGCAGAAUUCUUUUAGGAGGAAGUGGUUACUCUUGUUGUGGAAGUCGGUUGUACAAUUAUAGAACUCACAAAUGUUGUAGUGGCAGAGUUCUUUUAGGAGGAAGUGGUUAUUCUUGUUGUGUAUGGGGUAUUUCAGCACGAACGUACAACACCAGAACUCAGAAAUGUUGUAGGGGCAAAGUAUAUUCAGGAGGAAGUGGUUAUUCUUGUUGUGGAAGUCGAUUGUACAAUUAUAGAACUCAUAAAUGUUGUAGUGGCAGAAUUCUUUUAGGAGGAAGUGGUUAUUCUUGUUGUGGAAGUCGUUUGUACAAUUAUAGAACUCAUAAAUGUUGUAGUGGCAGAGUUCUUUUAGGAGGAAGUGGUUAUUCUUGUUGUGUCUGGGGUAUUUCAGCACGAACGUACAACACCAGAACUCAGAAAUGUUGUAGGGGCAAAGUAUAUUCAGGUGGAAGUGGUUAUUCUUGUUGUGGAAGUCGGUUGUACAAUUAUAGAACUCAUAAAUGUUGUGGAGGCAAAGUUCUUUUAGGAGGAAGUGGUUAUUCUUGUUGUGUCUGGGGUAUUUCAGCACGAACGUACAACACCAGAACACAUAAAUGUUGUAGGGGCAAAGUAUAUUCAGGAGGAAGUGGUUAUUCUUGUUGUGGAAGUCGAUUGUACAAUUAUAAAACUCAUAAAUGUUGUGGAGGCAAAGUUCUUUUAGGAGGAAGUGGUUAUUCUUGUUGUGUAUGGGGACUUUCAGCACGAACGUACAACACCAGAACUCAGAAAUGUUGUAGGGGCAAAGUAUAUUCAGGAGGAAGUGGUUAUUCUUGUUGUGGAAGUCGUUUGUACAAUUAUAGAACUCACAAAUGUUGUAGUGGCAGAGUUCUUUUAGGAGGAAGUGGUUACUCUUGUUGUGGACGUCGGUUGUACAAUUAUAGAACUCACAAAUGUUGUAGUGGCAGAGUUCUUUUAGGAGGAAGUGGUUACUCUUGUUGUGGAAGUCGGUUGUACAAUUAUAGAACUCAUAAAUGUUGUAGUGGCAGAAUUCUUUUUGGAGGAAGUGGUUACUCUUGUUGUGGAAGUCGGUUGUACAAUUAUAGAACUCACAAAUGUUGUAGUGGCAGAGUUCUUUUAGGAGGAAGUGGUUACUCUUGUUGUGGAAGUCGGUUGUACAAUUAUAGAACUCACAAAUGUUGUAGUGGCAGAGUUCUUUUAGGAGGAAGUGGUUAUUCUUGUUGUGUAUGGGGUAUUUCAGCACGAACGUACAACACCAGAACUCAGAAAUGUUGUAGGGGCAAAGUAUAUUCAGGAGGAAGUGGUUAUUCUUGUUGUGGAAGUCGAUUGUACAAUUAUAGAACUCAUAAAUGUUGUAGUGGCAGAAUUCUUUUAGGAGGAAGUGGUUAUUCUUGUUGUGGAAGUCGUUUGUACAAUUAUAGAACCUAUAAAUGUUGUAGUGGCAGAAUUCUUUUAGGAGGAAGUGGUUACUCUUGUUGUGGAAGUCGGUUGUACAAUUAUAGAACUCACAAAUGUUGUAGUGGCAGAAUUCUUUUAGGAGGAAGUGGUUAUUCUUGUUGUGUAUGGGGUAUUUCAGCACGAACGUACAACACCAGAACUCAGAAAUGUUGUAGGGGCAAAGUAUAUUCAGGAGGAAGUGGUUAUUCUUGUUGUGGAAGUCGGUUGUACAAUUAUAGAACUCACAAAUGUUGUAGUGGCAGAAUUCUUUUAGGAGGAAGUGGUUAUUCUUGUUGUGUCUGGGGUAUUUCAGCACGAACGUACAACACCAGAACUCAGAAAUGUUGUAGGGGCAAAGUAUAUUCAGGAGGAAGUGGUUAUUUUUGUUGUGGAAGUCGGUUGUACAAUUAUAGAACUCAUAAAUGUUGUAGUGGCAGAGUUCUUUUAGGAGGAAGUGGUUAUUCUUGUUGUGUAUGGGGUAUUUCAGCACGAACGUACAACACCAGAACUCAGAAAUGUUGUAGGGGCAAAGUAUAUUCAGGAGGAAGUGGUUAUUCUUGUUGUGGAAGUCGAUUGUACAAUUAUAGAACUCAUAAAUGUUGUAGUGGCAGAAUUCUUUUAGGAGGAAGUGGUUAUUCUUGUUGUGUAUGGGGUUUUUCAGCACGAACGUACAACACCAGAACUCAGAAAUGUUGUAGCGGCAAAGUAUAUACAGGUGGAAGUGGUUAUUCGUGUUGUGGGCGUCGCUUGUACAAUUACAAAUCGAAAACAUGUUGUUACAGCAAAAUUUACUAUGGUGGAAGUGGUUAUUCUUGUUGUAGAAGUGGCUCCAAAGUGCGUGUUUAUAAAUAUAAAACUCACGUAUGUUGUGGUGGAAAACUUUCUUUACGAAAAAAAGGUUAUUCUUGCUGUGGAAGUCGAUUGUACAAUUACAAAGUUUCGUUAUGUUGCCGUGGUCGAAUUGUUUCCAAACGCAACGGCUCAAGUUGUUGUGGUUACCGUAGUUACAACUGGAAGACUCAUCGAUGUUGUCGUGGUUACAUUGUUAUAUCGAAGAAUCGAAGUUGUGGAAGACGCGGUUAGUUCUCACAGCAGAAACGCUUAGUAGCAACAACUUUUUACUGUUUCUUUAUUCAGUAAUUUUGGCAUUUUUGCAAAGGUAACCAUGUAAGUGCAAUCAUUAAAAAUUGUAAACAUGCAAAUUGGCGGUACCAAAGUGUAAUGCAAGAAUGGAAUGGUUGAUGCAUGAUUUGAUUUAAUUACGCCGGUCACGCUUAAGUAUUUCGUAUAAGUUUUUUUGGUCUCAAGUAAUAAUUCGCAUUUGUUUAAAAUAGUUUUACAAAAAAUAAUUUUUGGUAAAAAAUUGAAAGAUUGCAAUUGUGAAGGAUUAAAAACGUGUCGUGGAUCAAUGGUGGACGAGAUGGUGUGAAACGGAGAUGAAAUGCUAUCAAGAAAGUCGCUUGGGAAAAAUUUACUAAUUUAUGAAGUAUUUGAUGAAACUGCGUUUACAUCGAGCAAUAAGAAAGCUGAUCUAAAAGAUUGGGUUCCUGAAACGAACCCAAAUUGGUUUUCCACGAUUUUCACUCUAAUGUCGCUCACGCAUUCACAAUCCACAGAACGGUGUCUUAUCGUGUCAUAUUGUGAGUAAAGAAAACGAGCAAACGGAAACGUAAGCAUAAAAUACCCAAAGAAAAUUUGAUUAAAGAACAGCCAUAUUCCUUACACACGUUCAUAAAAAAGACUUAUGGUGAAAGAUACUGUCAAAUGUCAAUCCAAGACCUCGCUCACAUCUCAAAACGAAAAUUGGAAAAAUCAAAAGUGUGCAAAACAAGCGUGGAACGACUUGUUCAGAUAAUAUUGGAGAAUUAAGGUCGUAUUACUGAGGAGUAUUUAGAGAUGUUUUUUUGUGAAUAUUCUUUGGAUUGAGCGUUCAGUAUUUUCAUCGAUAACAUUCAAACAUUCAGUUCAAAUCCAAGGCGCCUUUUUAACAGCAUUUGCAGUGUAGUUGUAUAUUUCAAUUUGUCCAAAAAUUAUUUCAUUUUCAAGAAGCCAAAACUUUGUUUUACAUUGAUAAGUCCCGUGAGCGUGACCUACGUAAUGCAAUCAACUCUAACUUCACGAAACUACAUUCAAACAUUAAACGAUCAUUUUAAUAUUCAACUAAUGAAACUUUUCACAUUGCCCUGCGUGGUUGCCUAAAAUUAUUAUUUUGUUUGUAGAAAUACUUUUACUACUUUUACUAGUUAGAAUUUGAAUUUUCAUUAAUAGAUUAGAAACUACAACAACUUUUAAUUAUAGUUAGUAUUUUAAGUAAUUCUCGUGAUUCUUACCAUAGUUCAUAGUUACAAAAUAAACGCAAUAAACGGCGGGCGCUGAUUUGCCUAAAUAGCUGUGUUUAUAUUGGCAUGUGCAAAACUGAUCUGAGCUCAACAAAUUAAAUCAAUCAAUUAAUCAAUGAAAGAGAAUUAGCAAAUCAAUCUUGGAUACAUUAAAACGUUUAUUUUAGA